AUGAUGAGGGCCCCUUGGGAAGAUGAGAAAGAGGAGGAGGAGAAGAAGGGAACGGCGAGGGACAGAGAGCAUAGGAGAGAAAGUCAGACAGGGACAAGGAGAGAGAGGGUGAGAGGGAGAGAGACCCAGGCCAGGUUAGUGAAACAAAUCUGUCACAUCAGCCUCCAACAGCCAUGUCAUCCACUGCCCCCAGUCAUCUCAAUACAACUACUCAGACAAAAUCUACUCAUUAUUCAGACAGAACUCUCUCCAACUCUCCAGCCCAAGGUCUCUCUCAAGAUCAUAAUAACUCUGCUUUCAGAUGACAUGUUUUGAGUUAUGCAGAUGUCUAUAUGAGUGAAUGGAGAAAGUCGUGAGCAAUGCCAGGGACAGACAGAUACAGAGUGAGUGGGGCUAUAUUGAGUAACAGAGACUGGGGCAGCCUUGACUCCUGUCCUUAUGCCUGGUGCUGUGGGGUGGAGAGAAAGAGAGAAAGGUGUGUCGGAUCGAACAGAUGGAUCUGUCUUGACCUCCGAAUCUUGUUGUGGGGUCGUUGGGUCAGAACUCAUCUUUAUUGUCACUCAUCUUAGUCCUCCACACACACACACACACACACACACACACACACACACACACACACACACACACACACACACACAUUCAUAUUAUCUCAUAUUCCAUCUCUACUGUUCUGCCAGUGCCUGCACCUCUCUUUCACCUCUAUUCCGUUUCUUCCUCUACAUUCUCCUCAUCUUCCUCUUUUCAAUUCUGCUCUCCAUCUCCACUUGCCAUUCUCUCCUCAUAUUCAUACUCUUCCUCCCCUCUCCCACCCUAUUCAGCCAUUCUCGUUCCCUCCUCUCCUCCACCCAUCCACCCAUCCUUCUCUCCCUUCCCUCCACAGCCCAGACGGCCAGCCCACCCUCCUACCUCCGGACCAGGUGCAGGAGCUGAACGUGCGCUCCACGGGCAUGUUGAACAGCGUGCAGCGCCUCUUCUCCCACCACAUGAUCGAGACGUUUGGCUGUGACUACUCCACCAGCGGGGUGACCUUGGAGGCCCUGCAGGCCAAGCUCAAGGCCUUCCUGGAGCUUCGCACGGCCGACGGGCCCCGCCAUGAUACAUACGUGGUAUUCUACAGCGGGCAUACGCAGCGCACCGGGGCCUGGGCACUGGCAGGUGAGGGUCACCAUAGCUUACAGAGUCUGGUUGGCUGGCUAGUUGGCUGGUUGGUUGGCUGUCUCUCCUCAACUCUCAGAAAGCAGCAGACAAGCUUAUUGCCUCUCUCUGUCUCUCAUCAUCAAUCAAUGUUUAUUUUGCACCUAUUUGUUUCCAGACUAGAUCAAAAAUGAAAAAUACAAAUACAGGAUCAAAUUAAGGUUAUAUGUUUGAAUAAAACAUGAUGAUGAGGGUAGAAUAAUGUAUUCUUGCUUUGCCAAACAUUUUAAAGUUUUCCAUUUGUUUGUGAGAAAUGUCUGGAACAACAGCAGUAGUUAGAACAAGUACAAAAUAUUUUGUAGUCUGCCAGAACCUUUCAGUAAUCCAUGCGACUCUUAGUAGAAAUGAAGAGUACAACAUUUUCCCAGUGUGAUAACUGAAGUUUGUCUUUAGAGUGGCUGCCAACACACACCCACGCUUUAUCCAGGGACGGCCUGUUCAAUAGGGCGAUAUGGGCGACGCACUGCCAAACGGGAAAAGGAAGGGAUUUUUUUCUAAUCAAUUAUAUCACGGCAACAGUAGUUAUCAGUGUUCUAAUCUGAUCUGACUGCCACUAAAUGUCAAAUCAGGCUAAAGUCGUGCUUCAAAUGGCCCCGCCCGUUUUUGGGGCGAUUUCAGUCAGGUUGAAAAUCGCCCAGAAGUCUCUCAUAGCCUGUCAUGUAAAAUCUAUUUUUUUCAAAUUUCAAAGCUUUCAAUACAUUCUCUAUGGGUGUCUGUGGGCUUGCACUUACGCGCUUUCGUCAUACGUGACGUAACCAUGAACGUAACUAAGAAAAUAGCGGCUAGCAGCGUCUCUGUUGCGACCUGCAGUGUGGCGUUAUUUUAUGUUUUUAAUUUGUAGACUUAGUUUACAAACAUUCUGCCAACCAUGGAUUUCCAGUGGUGGGUUUUGGACUGAUCUUGUUGAUCGUGUACAUACCCGCUACGAACGGACUAAAUAAUGAAAACGCUGCUGGCAGCGGAAUCCAAUACAGCUGGGAGACUUGGCUGGAUGACAGAGUCCCGGACAGAGAAGUGGAGCCGGCCGGCUUCACCCUGGUCAGAGCGGACCGCGAUCCUGGUAAGAGAGCGACUCUGUACCCCCGACAUUGAACUGCUUUCUGUGUCACUGCGACCUUACUAUCUGCCCCGUGAGUUCCCCCAAUUGUUUGUUACCGUUGUGUACUGUUGAUAAUCACAAGUUUACUGGAGAACUGAGACCAAGUAGAGACUUUGGACAGGGUGGAUAUGGUAUAAUAAAGGCAGUUUAUUCAGAGGUAAAGAUAUCUGGAAUCGCGUGCACGGACCCGUUCGUCAAACUCUUAGGGAGCUAUCUGAAGAGAGCCCCGAAAACAUUGUGUGCAGACAUUUUAUACAAUAAAUGAUGUAGGUUGAAUCUAGUAGUUCUGAUCUUCUGAUUGGUCCUGAUGAGUUGGGCGAGGUCCCCUCCACUGUUGCAUUGGCUCUGAGUCGGGUUCUCUGUCUUCAAAUGUUCAGCCUAAAGAGAGGGGAUUUUUGUGUGUGUGUGUGUGUGUGUUUAACAGUGAUGAUGUGUGUGUGUGUGUGUGUUAUCAGUGAUGAUGUGUGUGUGUGUGUGUGUGUGUGUGUGUCCUCAGAGCAAGAACUCGUGAGUUGGAAGAACUGAGAGACCUAUGGCGUGGGUGUUGUCCUUGGCCACCUGCUGACAAGGCUGACAAGAUAGGACUCUUUUGUCCAUUGUUAUAGGAUAGGAACAGCAUUGAUUGAAAACAAACGCCCAACACAAAAUGGGUCAUGCACAAGAUUUUAGUCAGACCAAGCUAUAACAUUAUAUAUUUACUACGACAGUACAUUCAACCAAAAGCUAAUAUAACAAAGGCAUCAGAGAUUAUUUAUAAUCUGUCACAGAAACUGGAAUCCAUCUCCCCAGAUCAGUCAAUAAAUGCUUCUGGUAUUGACUUAUAUGCUGCCCCUGUCUUCAUGUUGUUGCUGGACAUAUCUUUUUUAAAAUGUGUGUAGGUCACCUAAAUCAUCAGAAAAAUUGCCCCUCCUGAGAAUUUUUUCAGGAGCCGCCACUGGCUUUAUCACUGCAUGGUGCUGCUAGGAAGACAAGCUCCAUGACAAUUAAACAUGACUUGACCAUGUUGUUAACUCCCACUCCUAACUUUUAUUUGUCUCCAUAAACUCAGACAACUUUGACCCUUUGUCUUUAAUGUCCAUUACUUGCUCACCACCUACCUUAACCUAACAGUCAUCGUGACUCAUCGGGCAAGUCAGCUGUAAUAAGUAGAUAAUUAGUAUUAUUAUUAACCCAUUACCCAAUUAUUCUUUAAUGGACUAUGGAAGGAAUAUAUGUUAAUCAUACUGUAAUUUUUUAAAACCCUUGUUAUCAAACUAGCUGCUAAACUCCUAACAUUCAGGGUGAAUAAAAAAAAAACUAGUAUGUAUUGUCUUCCUAAAGAUACAGAUCCAACUACGGACCAACCAAGUAUUCUAGUAAUAUGUGUCAAAACAUCAACGUGGCCACAGUAUAGUAUCCCGGUGCUCCCCUGAAACCCACAUUUUACUUAAAACAUCAGUGUGUCGCGACCACACAGUAUCGCUCCUCCUAACCGUUCCCUUUCUGAGCAGCUCCCCAAGCUGUAAAGAAAUAUCUUAUCUUGGCUCCAUCUACGGGCACCUCUUAAUCUUCCUGCCAUGGAGCACACUGCCGUAUUAAUCCUCAUGAAGGAUACUGCGUGUCAUACCCUGUGUCGCAGUGUUUGAGCAGUGGAGGCCGAGGGGGAAAAACAACCCGGGCCCUGGCUGGCGUGGGAGCUUUACAGAACAGUCUGGGAAGAGCGUGCUGGGGGGUGUCUCUGGCACUCUCACUCACUCACGCAGGCUGCUCACGCACACAUAUAGACACUCAUACGCCGCUCACAUAUUUGCCACAGAGGAGGGGUGUCCAAACAGAAUGUCCCUGUAACUCAAGAUUUAGGCGCCUUAGACUAGGGAUAGGCCAUACAGGCGUAUAGCUGUAGAUGGUAUUCAGAAUAACAAUAGAGAUGAUUUGACAAAUAACUUGACGAGUCACAUGUUCCUUUUGUUUCCAUUGUGCAUGUUAUGAUAUAGAUCAUAUCAACUUUUCGCAAAUGGUUGUUCCUUGUUGGUCCCAGCCUAAGACUAGGUUGUGGUUAUUAAGCUAGAAACAUGUUUAUUUCUCUCUCUCUUCCAGGAGGAGACUCUCUGCGUCUGGAGCAGCUGCUGGAGUGGUGGAAGGAGAAGAACAGCGGCUUCACCUCCCGCCUCAUCCUGGUCCUGGACACAGAGAACUCCCUGCCCUGGGUAAAGGAGGUCCGCAGCUUGGAGGGAGUCUACGUGGCCGUGCAAGGGGCCGAGCUCGCCCCCGCCGGUGACAUCGAAGGUGUGGACGCCGCCCGCCUCGGGGACUUCACCUCGGAGUGGGUGGAGUUCAACUGCAACCCGGAUAGCGCCACCCAGUGGUUGGAGAAGGACAGGACGGUGGCAGCGGCCUACGGCGUGUCGAAACACUGGAGCGACUACACGCUCCAUCUUCCCACGGGGAGCGAUGUGGCCAAGCACUGGAAGACCCACUUCCCCCAGGCUACCUAUCCUCUGGUGCACCUGUCCAACUGGUGCUGUGGGCUCAACCUCCUCUGGCUGUGUGGAGUGUGUCUGAGGUGCUUCAGGCGAUUCAAACUGGGCUGGUUCCCUCCCAAUAUACUGGACACGGGACAGGGCAUCAAACUGGUCCACUCAUAGACUGAGCUGUGUGUCUGUCUGGGUGAUCACUUGCCUGACCACUCACCCUGAAUUUAAUUCCUCUGCUCUAUCAAUCGCUACAUAUAUUCAGUCUGAAACUGCCAUCCUAGAAGUUGUUUGUGUGACUUCAAAACAAAUUCAUCAGUGAUUGGAUCGUCUAUAACAAAUCUAACCAAUCAGAGAAUCAAAGUUGAUAAUUUCAUCAGGUAGGCUGGCUCUGGCCCAACCCAUCGGUUUCUGGGACCAAUCAGAUUGGUCAGAUUGUGUUUGCAUUCUAGAAAUCGUCGGGGAGGGAGGCAAAUCCAGACGCAUCUUGGAGAAGAAACGUCCGUUGGCCGGAGCAAUGUGGAUGGGUAGCCAGGCAAGGAGAUCACAAUGGUGUUUCAGCAGGUAGCCUAGUGGUUAAGAGUGUGGGGCCAGUAACCGAAAGGUCGUUGGUUCAAAUCCCCGAGCCGACUAGGUGAACAAUCUGUCAAUGUGCCCUUGAGCAAGGCACUUAACCCUAAUUGCUCCUGUAAGUCACUCUGGAUAAGAGCGUCUGCUAAAUGACUAUAAUGUAAAUGUGUUAACAAUCAUAAGUAUCAAUGGUAAGUCAUGUGUAGACAAUCACCAAUAGUAUAUGUGGUAAAGUACAGUCACCACAAUAGGCCUGCUUUCUAUGGUAAAUCUGUAGACAAUCACCGCAAUCAGUCUUAUUGCCACAGAACGCUACCAUGCUAGUAUGGGCCUUGCAUCUAAUGGUACAAGGAGACAAUCUCCACAAUAUUCUUUGUAUCUGUGGUUUACUGACAUCCACCCUAUGUGCCUUGUGUUACUUUGUAAAUUGAACUUUCUUGGGACAGUGUGCUUUAUUUUGAAAGUGUUUUUUCUGGGAUUUUUUUUGUAAUUGUUUGCCAUGUUUAUUUCCGCUUCUGAACCCGAUAGUAAAUAGGUUUUAACAUUUAAAAUGUCUAGCCAAAGAUUUUGGGACAAUUUUCAAGAGUCAUGUGGCCAGUGUCUUACCUUGUGUUUGGUGUUGGUUUCUAUUGACUGAUUAUUUAAAAUGAUGAGAUGAAAGCCUUAUUACCUUAUUUUAGCACCCAAUUCUGUUCUAUUAGAUGGAUCACAACAAAUGUGGUUAAUUUACUUAUUUGUUUUUUAAACAUUAAUUUAGUAAAUGUGCUGUAAAAACAAUGACUCACCACAUGUAGCCUAUCAUUGCAUCAUAAAUAGUUCACUGUGCCCUCAUUGGUUGCGAUGGCCAUGGUGACCCAUAUUGGCCAACCUUUCUGCUUCAUUUGAUGUUGGUCUUGCUCUCUCUCUCUCUCGCUCUCUCUCUCUCUCUCUCUCUCUCUCUCUCUCUUUCUCUGCAAUGCUGCCUUUAUGAUACACUGUGAUGUUUUUGCUAAAAAGGUCAAAUUGUAUUAUUCGACAUAUAAAUGAAAGCCAAGCCUUUUGUCUCGCUAUAUCUUUGUUGUCCUGAUUUGAACCGAUGUGAUGCCUUAUCUCAGAUUAUGCUGGAAUAAUAAAGUUAAUAUGUAAAAAGUUGUAUACAUGUGUUGAUCACUUAUCUUUAGAAAUGUAUUGCCUUUUGUAAAAAAAAUUGUGCAGCUGAGCAACAUUCUGGUAUCUACCUGGACAUUGACAUGGGAAGUUUCCCCCAGAGAUUAAAAGUCACUCAGUUUAGUUUGGAAAGCACAGUCAAUGGGUUAAAUUGGGCCCAAUCGCCUCUACAUAAUUGCUUUUCUCUCAGUUGUGGUUUGAGAGGAUAGGAUGGGUAGAGAGAGGAUGAUGCAUAGAGAGAGAGAGGGAAAAGAAAAAGCAGAGUGGGAAAGACUAAUCAUGAAAUGGGGGAGGGGGAGAUGACCCAGAGGUGUCCCUAGCCAUCCGUUCCAAUUCCAGACAUUAAUAUUUCGUACUAAAUUCCAGACAUUAAUAUGGCAUGGUUUACAGACAUUGAGCAAAUACAGACCCUCGCUGUAUAAAUGUUAGUGUUGGCAGCAAAUAUUGGGUUUGGGAACCUAGAAGUCCGGACAGAUGUUGUAGGAAUAAUUGUCCUGUGCUGCUGUAAAAAGCUGUCAGUUCUUUCUCUCUCACCGGGGAGUCUAGCUAGACACAAAGCGUUCACUUCAGUUUAGUCCCCCUUUCCUCAACAUGUCUCCCAAGGUAGAGCUGCUUUCAAUGGUCACAUUUUCGAUGCAUUUUAUUGGUUUCAUAGAGCAGGUCAGUGAACCGCCGCAUGGUGCCUGGAAUAUACUAUUAGACUAGAGAGAGGAAGGAAUAAAACAAUGUUGAUAAGCUUUGGGAGGAAUAGAGAGAACUCCAUUGUCAGCUUUGAUGCUUUCAUACAGGCCAUUUAAACCUGCAUCCUCACACAGACGCACGCACACACACACUGUCUCUGUCUUUCUAUUGGCCGUGGCUGGAAUAGAGUGCUGUUAUUGGGUAAGGUCCAGUGGCGGCUCCUGAAAAAAUUCUCAGGGGGGGCAAUUUUUCUGAUGAUUUAGGUGACCUACACACAUUUUAAAAAAGAUAUGUCCAGCAACAACAUGAAGACAGGGGCAGCAUAUAAGUCAAUACCAGAAGCAUUUAUUGACUGAUCUCAAAAGUGUUGGCUUACCAGGGUUGGUGGAGCCCUCAGUUUCAUCUUUGCCUCGCAAAGCUAACUCAAACACUCCGCAAAACUUCACACACUGGAUUAGCCGGCUGAGGAUGUGGCGGUUCUUGCUAAUGUCGUAGUAAAUAUAUUUGUUAUAGUGAAUAUGGAAUAUGAUAUGUUGAGUAAAAUGUUGUGCUAAGAUCUAUUUAGGUCAGGAGCUGGUUAUAAGUUCUGUUCCUAUCCAAUAACAAUGGACAAAAGGGUCCUAUCUUGUCAGCCUUGUCAGCAGGUGGCCAAGGACAACACCCACGCCAUAGGCCUCUCAGUUCUUCCAACUCACGAGUUCUUGCUCUGAGGACACACACACACACACAUCAUCACUGUUAAACACACACACACACACACACACACACACACACAUCAUCACUGUUAAACACACACACACACACACACACACAAAAAUCCCCUCUCUUAGGCUGAACAUUUGAAGACAGAGAACCCGACUCAGAGCCAAUGCAACAGUGACAGUAGCCUGGAGGGGACCUCGCCCAACUCAUCAGGACCAAUCAGAAGAUCAGAACUAUUAGAUUCAACCUACUUCAUUUAUUGCAUAAAAUGUCUGCACACAAUGUUUCGGGGCUCUCUUCAGAUAAAAAUAAUAAUAAUAAUAAUAUGCCAUUUAGCAGACGCUUUUAUCCAAAGCGACUUACAGUCAUGCGUGCAUACAUUUUUGUGUAUGGGUGGUCCCGGGGAUCGAACCCACUACCUUGGCGUUACAAGCGCCGUGCUCUACCAGCUGAGCUACAGAAAGUGGAUACUCAUGGAUGCGCAUCGCAAUUGUAAAAUGUCAACACAAUUGGAGACACCACGUCAUUUUUGGAGACAUGUUAUUGACAGUAAACUAUUGUAGAUGCGACUGCUAACUAAAUAAAACAUUUUAGCUGGCUAGCUAAUCAUCUUAGCUAAAUGUGGGGCAAACAAUUCAGUUAUUUACCGUUAAUUUGAGGGAUUGGGGUGAAAGAAAUCGAGUUACAUAGUGAUACUUUACGAUAUACUGUAUUGACAAUAUCGCAAUAUUUUAGCGCUAGUUGGCUGUACCUGCACCAAAACACCAUUAUUGUUCCUUCAUAGCUUGUUCUCAAUCUUUUCACAUUGGGAGCCAAUUUGUUUUCAGCACUUUUAUUUCCAUGACUGAUCAAAACUCGUUCUCAUGGCUUUCUGAUCCCUCUGCAACAGACAUAUGGUGCGCAAUAAAAUCACAGUAUCGAAUCGCAAUACGUAUAGAAUCAUGAGACUCGCAAUGCAUAUAUCUUAUCGUGAGGUUCCUGGCAAUUCCCAGCCCAAGUUCAUUUGCCACAACAAAUCUCUUCGCUAGCAAACGCGAUGUCUUCUCCAAAACGGCAAUGUGUCUCCAGCAAUGUUUACUUUUUUGACGUUCUAUGGCAUCUCCACUUUCCAAGCAUAUAUGACCACAUGUAAUAUUUUGGUAAGUGAUGCAAAUAGUGAACUAUGUAGGGCCAGGAUGUAAAAUAUAUGUAGCUGCAGCAAUUUCUCUUAUCUGAUAUGGUAAGUAAUGGGGCUUAAUGUAUAGCUCCCUAAGAGUUUGACGAACGGGUCCGUGCACGCGAUUCCAGAUAUCUUUACCUCUGAAUAAACUGCCUUUAUUAUACCAUAUCCACCCUGUCCAAAGUCUCUACUUGGUCUCAGUUCUCCAGUAAACUUGUGAUUAUCAACACUAACCUCAUCGUUGUGGCGGCGGACAGCUAGCCUGUAUCCCUCAUCCAGUUGAGUGGCAAUGUUAUUUUUUCGUUCGUACCAAUUUUUGGAAAAUCCUCGGGUGUAGGACUUUCCGCCUUUAGUAGAAACCUGUUGAAUUAUUAAAUUUGGUCUGGGAGGUCCUAAUUGUUUCGUUGCCAAUUUAUCUUCAUUUGUUCGCCGACAAAAAGGAACUUCUUUCAAAGACACAAUCCGCUCUUUUCUUAGUUACGUUCAUGGUUACGUUACGUAUGACGAAAGCGCGUAAGUGCAAGCCCUCAGACACCCAUAGAGAUUGUAUUGAAAGCUCUGAAAUUUGAAAAAAAUAGAUUUUACAUGGGAGUCUAUGACAGACUUCUGGGCGAUUUUCAACCUGACUGAAAUCGCCCCAAAAGGGGGGGGAGCCAUUUGAAGCACGACUUUAGCCUGAUUGGACAUUACAACACUGAUAACUACUGUUGCCGUGAUAUAAUUGAUUAGAAAAAAAAUCCCUUCCUUUUCCCGUUUGGCAGUGCGUCGCCCAUAUCGCCCUAUUGAACACACCGCCCCUGGUAAGGUCAGUGAUUCAUGUAUACAGGAGGAAUCAUUUAUGGGGAUAUUAGAUUUAAGGCUGGAUUCAUCUCCUAAACUGGAUUAGGCAAUAAAAGAGCCUGUCUCUCGCUCUUCUCUCUCUCUCUGUGGCCCACAUCAAUGGUCUCUCUCUCGCUUGCUUCCCCUUCUCUCUGCACCCCACAUUAAUGUGCUGAGUCAGAGCCUGCCACUCACAUACACACACACACACUGACAGGCAGACUACCCAGCAUGCUUCAUUCAGCAGCUGUGCCUCAUCUGUACUGAGUGGGCAAUUUGAGCUCGUCAUAAAAUGUUUCCCUAAAACAGGCAAAAUGAUGUGCGUGAGUGGUAUCCAGAAUUUACUUGAGCAUUACUUAGCUUUAUAUCAUGCUUUUGUAACCGUGAAUUAAGUCACUUGAAAGAAGCGUGCUUGAAAGAACAGAAACAUUGAAACAGCCCACAUUAGGAGGUCAUGGGUAGAACAUCUUCUUCUAGAAAUCUUAUUUCGCUGCUAGACAGCAACACACCAAUAUGAAAUGACUCACUGUCUUCAUUUAACCAUUUCUCCACAAUCAGGUAGGUACACAUCAUUAUUCCUAGUCUCAUUCAUUAUGUUUCCAAGCCUUUGCAUUGUUGCAAUAUGAACCAUCAUGCAGUACUGUAUGACUAUGAGCUCAUUCCACUCUUUCCUAUUCAGAGUUAUGGGCUGUCUAUGGUCUGUCUGUUCUCCUGUGUGUCCUUCAGGCCUUUAAGUGUGCUGCUCACAAUCAUUCAGCAUCUGCUCGUUGCGAGGGAAAUGUACUGUAGAUGUAUGAAUGCUGAAUUUCUAUUUUCUCUCUGGCUGGAAAUGAGCCUGACUGGCUGCUGAAGUAAUAGGAUGAGAUUAUUGAUUCAUUCGAUUCCUGACCUCUCCAACCUUUCCGCCCAAAAAAGACAGUUGAUGUUGCUGUGACAUUGAAAUGUCAGAGGCGUUAUCUCUUAUCACGAGGUGAGGAGGCGUUUAGUCGCCACAUAACCACUGAACGCUUCCCUCUCCACAUGAUUGUUAUUUUAAAGAAGGCUGCCAAAUACAAAACCUUCCAUCCAGCUCACUUGUCCUUCCUUCAUCCAGCAAGGGAAUUAAACAAACUAGCUACCCUUUUGGUCUUUUGAAGUAAAAAGGUCUUUCUCUGUCCCACUGUCCUUCCAUCUAUCUGUCUGUCUGUCUCCUUAUUACCAAUAGCAAUAUAUGCUCCUCCCUUUUGAUGAUAAUAAGAAACGUGCCAUGAGAAGGAAAUAGAUAUUAUCCUGUUAUUUUGUACUUUGAUCAGUUUUUACGGGAAUGACUCAUAAACAACCAUUAUAUUAGUUAACUAUUGAUAGAAAACAAUAGUUGCUUCCUUGUGGCCAGGUGUAUAUAGGUGAUCCCCUUUCUCCAACUAAACAGAACCUAUAAAGACUUCCAGAGAUUCCUUAAACAACAGGUAAGUCCACUAUACUCAACUCCACCUACUGUGGCUUGCGAAAGUAUUCACCCCCCUUGGCAUUUUUCCUAUUUUGUUGCCUUACAACCUGGAAUUAAAAUUGAUUUUUGGGGGGGUUGUAUCAGUUGAUUUACACAACAUGCCUACCACUUUGAAGAUGCAAAAUAUUUUUUUGGGUGAAACAGACAACUUGAGCGUGCAUAACUAUUCACCCCCCCCCCCCCCCCCAAAGUCAAUACUUUGUAGAGCCACCUUUUGCAGCAAUUACAGCUGCAAGUCUCUUGGGGUAUGUCUCUAUAAGCUUGGCACGUCUAGCCACUGGGAUUUUUGCCCAUUCUUCAAGGCAAAACUGCUCCAGCUCCUUCAAGUUGGAUGGGUUCCGCUGGUGUACAGCAAUCUUUAAGUCGUAAAACAGAUUCUCAAUUGGAUUGAGGUCUGGGCUUUGACUAGGCCAUUCCAAGACAUUUAAAUGUUUCCCCUUAAACCACUCAAUUGUUGCUUUAGCAGUAUGCUUAGGGUCAUUGUCCUGCUGGAAGGUGAACCUCCAUCCCAGUCUCAAAUCUCUGAAAGACUGAAACUGUUUUCCCUCAAGAAUUUCCCUGUAUUUAGCGCCACCCAUCAUUCCUUCAAUUCUGACCAGUUUCCCAGUCCCUGCCGAUGAAAAACAUCCUCACAGCAUGAUGCUGCCACCACCAUGCUUCACUGUGGGGAUGGUGUUCUCGGGGUGAUGAGAGGUGUUGGGUUUGCGCCAGACAUAGCGUUUUCCUUGAUGGCCAAAAAGCUCAAUUUUAGUCUCAUCUGACCAGAGUACCUUCUUCCAUAUGUUUGGGGAGUCUCCCACAUGCCUUUUGGCGAACACCAAAUGUGUUUGCUUAUUUUUUUCUUUAAGCAAUGGCUUUUUUCUGGCCACUCUUCCCUAAAGCCCAGCUCUGUGGAGUGUACGGCUUAAAGUGGUCCUAUGGACAGAUACUCCAAUCUCCGCUGUGGAGCUUUGCAGCACCUUCAGGGUUAUCUUUGGUGUCUUUGUUGCCUCUCUGAUUAAUGCCCUCCUUGCCUAGUCUGUGAGUUUUGGUGGGCGGCCCUCUCUUGGCAGGUUUGUUGUGGUGACAUAUUCUUUCAAUUUUGGGGUGAAUAGUUAUGCAUGCUCAAGUUUUCUGUUUUUUUGUCUUAUUUCUUGUUUGUUUCACAAUAAAAAAUAUUUUGCAUCUUCAAAGUGGUAGGCAUGUUGUGUAAAUCAAAUGAUACAAACCCCCAAAAAAUCUUGUAAUCAGGUUGUAAGGCAACAAAAUAGGAAAAAUGCCAAGGGGGGUGAAUACUUUCGCAAGCCACUGUACGUGCCGCAAUGCAUAGUACCAACUGUAAAAUUUGGUGGAGAAGGAAUAAUGGUCUGGGGCUGUUUUUCAUGGUUCGCUCUAGGCCUCUUAGUUCCAGUGAAGGGAAAUCUUAACGCUACAGCAUACAAUGCCAUUCUAGAUGAUUCUGUGCUUCCAACUUUGUGGCAACAGUUUGGGGAAGGCCCUUACCUGUUUCAGCAUGACAAUGCCCCCGUGCACAAAGCGAGGUCCAUACAGAAAUGGUUUGUCCAGAUCGGUGUGGAAAAACUUGACUUGCCUGCAUAGAGCCCUGACCUCAACCCUACUGAACACCUUUGGGAUGAAUUGGAACACUGACUGCUAGCCAGGUCUAAUCGCCCAACAUCAGUGCCUGACCUCACUAAUGCUCUUGUGGCUGAAUGGAAGCAAGUCCCCGCCGCAAUGUUCCAACAUCUAGUGGAAAGCCUUCACAGAAGAGUGGAGGCUCUUACAGCAGCAAAAGGGGGACCAACUCCAUAUUAAUGCCCAUGAUUUUGGAAUGAGAUGUUUUCGGUCAUUUAGUGUACUUACAAAUCUGAUGGAUAGGUGCUCUAAAUCCUUUAGCUUCAAAUGUUCUUAGAUUCCCACAUUUAUUAAUGGCUAUAUAAAUAUGAAAACAGAUGGGAGCAGAGUUUGAGAGCUGGGCCCUGUUUCCCAAGAGCAUCUUAAGGCUAAGUUCAUCAUUAGAACCUUUGUAGGAGCAUCGUUAAAUCUCCGAGCUGUUUACCAAAACCAUCCUUAUUAAAGUUGCACUUGAAAAUGCUCGUAAGCUAACGCCUGCCUCAGACUUCUCGUAGAACAGCUAAGUGCUUUGUUAGAUGCUUCUUUGCCGGCCCGCGUCACUUUAUACACAGAAGAAUGGUUUAUCCGUCUCUCUGUGAAUGCGAUCACUACAAAACAUAUUGUCGGACCGCUUAUAUACUAUAUUAGGCCCAGCCUUUGGAACUUUGGUUUUCCUAGAUAUGGCUACUAUAUUGUGAUCACUACAUCCAAUGGAUCUGGAUACUGCUUUCAAGUUAAUUUCUUCAGCAUUAGUAAAGAUGUGAUCAAUACAUGUUGAUGAUUUCAUUCCUGUACUGUUUCUAACUACCCAGGUAGGUUGACUGAUAACCUGAACCAGGUUGCAGGCUCUGGUUACAGUUUGAAGCUUUUUCUUGAGUGGGCAGCUUGAUGAAAGCCAGUCCAUAUUUAAAUCACCCAGAAAAUAUACCUCUCUGUUGAUAUUACAUACAUUAUCAAGCAUUUCACAUGUCAUCCAGAUACUGACUGUUAGCACUUGGUGGUCUAUAACAGCUUCCCACAAUAAUGGGCUUUAGGUGAGGCAGAUGAACCUGUAGCCAUAUUACUUCAACAGUAUUUAACAUGAGUUCCUCUCUAAGCUUUACAGGAAUGUGUUAGCAAGCAUGGCGUUUUCUUUUGUCUGCGCACAGGUCACGCAAGCAAACAAUGAUCAUUAUGAUGUUGUUGUUUUACCUGGAUGCUUUGUGUGCAACCUGCACCCCUGCUACUUUUUACUUGUGGAUAGAGACUUCAGGUUUUCGGGAACACAUUGAAAAGUAACUUGACACUGUGUUGAUCAGUCAGCAUAAAUUUGGAUUAUAAUGACAAGAAGAAAAUGUCAUUGACAGAGGAGGGAGCGAACUGAAUUAAUGUAUAAGGUAAGUGCUAGAAUUUGCUCUGGAUCUUCUAACAGCAUCACGUCUGUCUGGUGUGUGCAUGAAUUAUAAUUAGCAGCGUGGCAGUUUCCCCAAAGUUCCCAAAGUUUGGUGUAUCUAACUGGCUAUAAUAGCAGCCAAUAGGAGGUUCGCUAGCUUAUUUGUUUGUUCUCUUAUUACGCGCAAGUGUCCAGGUCAGCAGUUUGCUUAGGAGCUAGAAGCAGAGCUGCAAUAUCUGUCGGCACCAUCAUAUUGUGUUUAAUGGUGCCGACAGAUUUGCACAGAUGACUGUCUUCAGCCACAUGAAAACCUUCCACAACAAAAUAUACCUAGCUAGCUGGGUAGUUAUUUUAUUUUGCUUCUCAUCCAACUGGUGUUAGCUAGCCAGCUAAAGCUGCUGGCUUUCUACUAGCUAGCUGCUACUGUUGCGCAGCAACCGAGUUGCUCGACUGGUUUUAGAAAUGUAUCUAAGUCUAAUGGUCACCUUAUGGACGCUGUAGCCUUGUUUUAAUCCAACGUCUAAAAUUUGAGCUAGGUUUGGGAGAAAAAAUAAAUUGGACAACCCUAAUGCUAACGGGCCUGAAGUUCACCAAACGGAAGAAAACAGACAAGCAGGGAGGGACUACCUGGACUUGUCCAACAGGAACCACUUGGUUUUCAUUUUUAAACUGUUUGCUACAGUGUGCCCUAUUGACUAAAACCCUGGUCUAGAACAAAGGGUGAUGCAUGAGAAAUCCUUCUGCUUCACAUCAUCACAUUCACAGUCCAGUUCAUACUUGGAGCUCCCGAGUGGCGCAGCGGUCUGAGGCACUGCAUCUUGCAGGCUGUAUCACAAUCCGGCCGUGAUUGGGAGUCCCAUAGAGCGGCACCCAAUUGGCCCAGCGUUGUCCAGGUUUGGCCGGGGUAGGCCGUCAUUGUAAAUAAGAAUUUGUUCUUAACUGACUUGCCUAGUUAAAUAAAAAUAUAUAUAUACUCAAUAAGCAUCUAAGACCAUACUCAUCAAAUGCUAUUCAUUCUUCAUUCAAAGGAAUGUGGGAAAGCUCCCUCAAACCUUUUUAGUGAUGGAUAUUUUACCCUCUUUAUGUAAUGUUGGGAGAUGGGAGUAAAUUGUUUUAAUUGCCCAUUAAGUCAUAUAUUCAUAUGAAGGUGCUUUUUGACCUAGACCAUCCAGACCCACAGAGGGCGUUGUUCUGCCUUGGCACUACACCCUUCAUUAUGACAAUAAUGAUGGCAGCACAGUGCGAGAGGUUCUUGAAUGGAAGUGGUCCUCAUUAACACAAUGUUUUCACACCCAAGACUGUUUCCCUGUUUUAUAGUCCAUUCACACGUCCCAUGAAAGAUAUUCUUCAUCCAAAUGGAACAGCUGAAGCAAUAACGGCAAUAACAGGUCUCCUGCCCCCCAUGCAUCAUCAGUGUGUUUGUGCCUCAACACAAAAUACAGUCUUGGUCUCAGUUGCUUUUUUUGUUCCCUCGCUCUCUCGUUCUCUCUCUCUCUCUCGUUCUCGUUCUCUCUCUCGUUCUCUCUCUCUCAGCAGUCACAGCAAGGACACAAAUGAGACGAGCCCUGGAAUGUCCCCACACUGCAUGCCACGGAGGAUGACAGAUAUUCUCAUGGGAAAUGUGGUUAUGUCUGUUCCGUACUUGUGUCUCUUACUUUUGCUGUUUGUCGCAUAUUUGCGUUUCGCACGCACACACACACGGUCAUCUACUUUAGGCUAUUCCAUUCCGUUGCCCAAUUGCCCAACAGCGAGGGAGUCCUGCCUCUCUACAGCAGGGCAGGGACCGUGCAGGCUUUUAUAUCCUCCACCCAGGCAGGCGAUGAUGCUGCUGAGGACGUGCGUGUGUGUACGUGCAUGUUUGUUUGUCUAUUCUAUCUCUCUCACACAAACAGAUAGAGAGGGAGAGAGAAUGAUAAAGAGAGAGACUCCUCCCACCUCUCUUCCCAAUCCAGCACCAGGGUCCAGCCUGAUUUUCAGAUUUUCACAGCUGGGGGCAACUGACUCGCCCCCCUCCCCUCCUCCCUUCAUCAUUCCAUUCAGGCCCACAUCACAAGCCAGCUGUGAGGCUGCAAUCAAACAAGCUCCUGCAGGGAGGGCCUCUUGGGGAGGCAGUGCCCAGGAAUGAGCUAAUGGCUCCAAUAAUAAGGCACGGGCAAAUCUGGGAAAUAAAUCAGUUAUCUGCAUCAUUUAUGUCUGGCAUCUUUACUCAUACAGUUCACACUGGAUAUACAUCAAAAUGUAAACCGAACUAGUUGCGAAUGGUAUUCCACAUUCCAGAGAAGGAAGGUAAUAUUUGAAUAUAAUGGUAUAAUUCUGGAGAUUCCUCUGGGCAGGACAAAUCUCAUGUGUACUGUAUGUGGGCUACCGACAUACAUGCGUGCAAGCAUGCACUCUGUCAUGCAUGUAAUAUCAUGCAAUAUUUUAUCUCAGCAGAAAUGUCAUACUGUAAUAUAAUGAAGUGGUCAAAUCUCUAGUGUACAGUGUGUAGGCUACCUACACACAUGCAUGCAUGCAAGCAUACAUACAUACAUACAUACAUACUACAGGCACAACAUCUCUUGAGACAACACACACAUGAGUAUUACACACAUAACAUCAGCCCAUGUAGCUAAGUAACACUGUAGGGUACAGUAUUCUGCACUACCAUGAUGCGUUUCCCAUUUGUUAUUCCUCCUCCCCCAUCCACCAAACGGUUGCCAUCCAUGCUCUACUUUACGGUGCAGUAAACAGGUAUGUCUCCAGCAAGCUACAGUCUGAGUGCAUGUGUGUUAUGGCGGGGAGGUGGAGGAGACCCCGUCUUGUCUCCAUAACCCAAUUUUCACUGCGCAGCCAGAUGGAGAGCGCUUAAGUCAUGUCAGCCACUUCAUUAGGGGGAGAGUGGAUUUGAUGGCAGGGACUUAGGGAGAGGAGGCUGGCACGCUGGCUGGCUUUGUGUCUUUGAGGAACUCCUGUAUCAACUACAGUGGGGGAAAAAAAAGUAUUUAGUCAGCCACCAAUUGUGCAAGUUCUCCCACUUAAAAAGAUGAGAGAGGCCUGUAAUUUUCAUCAUAGGUACACGUCAACUAUGACAGACAAAAUGAGGAAAAAAAUCCAGAAAAUCACAUUGUAGGAUUUUUAAUGAAUUUAUUUGCAAAUUAUGGUGGAAAAUAAGUAUUUGGUCAAUAACAAAAGUUUCUCAAUACUUUUCUAUACCCUUUGUUGGCAAUGACACAGGUCAAACGUUUUCUGUAAGUCUUCACAAGGUUUUCACACACUGUUGCUGGUAUUUUGGCCCAUUCCUCCAUGCAGAUCUCCUCUAGAGCAGGGAUGUUUUGGGGCUGUCGCUGGGCAACACAGACUUUCAACUCCCUCCAAAGAUUUUCUAUGGGGUUGAGAUCUGGAGACUGGCUAGGCCACUCCAGGACCUUGAAAUGCUUCUUACGAAGCCACUCCUUCGUUGCCCGGGCGGUGUGUUUGGGAUCAUUGUCAUGCUGAAAGACCCAGCCACGUUUCAUCUUCAAUGCCCUUGCUGAUGGAAGGAGGUUUUCACUCAAAAUCUCACGAUACAUGGCCCCAUUCAUUCUUUCCUUUACACGGAUCAGUCAUCCUGGUCCCUUUGCAGAAAAACAGCCCCAAAGCAUGAUGUUUCCACCCCCAUGCUUCACAGUAGGUAUGGUGUUCUUUGGAUGCAACUCAGCAUUCUUUGUCCUCCAAACACGACGAGUUGAGUUUUUACCAAAAAGUUCUAUUUUGGUUUCAUCUGACCAUAUGACAUUCUCCCAAUCCUCUUCUGGAUCAUCCAAAUGCACUCUAGCAAACUUCAGAUGGGCCUGGACAUGUACUGGCUUAAGCAGGGGGACACGUCUGGCACUGCAGGAUUUGAGUCCCUGGCGGCGUAGUGUGUUACUGAUGGUAGGCUUUGUUACUUUGGUCCCAGCUCUCUGCAGGUCAUUCACUAGGUCCCCCCGUGUGGUUCUGGGAUUUUUGCUCACCGUUCUUGUGAUCAUUUUGACCCCACGGGGUGAGAUCUUGCGUGGAGCCCCAGAUCGAGGGAGAUUAUCAGUGGUCUUGUAUGUCUUCCAUUUCCUAAUAAUUGCUCCCACAGUUGAUUUCUUCAAACCAAGCUGCUUACCUAUUGCAGAUUCAGUCUUCCCAGCCUGGUGCAGGUCUACAAUUUGAUUUCUGGUGUCCUUUGACAGCUCUUUGGUCUUGGCCAUAGUGGAGUUUGGAGUGUGACUGUUUGAGGUUGUGGACAGGUGUCUUUUAUACUGAUAACAAGUUCCAACAGGUGCCAUUAAUACAGGUAACGAGUGGAGGACAGAGGAGCCUCUUAAAGAAGAAGUUACAGGUCUGUGAGAGCCAGAAAUCUUGCUUGUUUGUAGGUGACCAAAUACUUAUUUUCCACCAUAAUUUGCAAAUAAAUUCAUUAAAAAUCCUACAAUGUGAUUUUCUGGAGAGAAAAAAUCUCAAUUUGUCUGUCAUAGUUGACGUGUACCUAUGAUGAAACUUACAGGCCUCUCUCAUCUUUUUAAGUGGGAGAACUUGCACAAUUGGUGGCUGACUAAAUACUUUGUUUCCCCACUGUAUCUAUCUGUGUGUUUUUCCAUUCUUCCAUCCGGUCCAGAUCUGACCCAGGCCCGGCCCGGUCUCGGCCCGGAGUAAGACCCAUCUGAACCAUACUGUGACAGCUGAGCUAAUUACCGUCCUCGAAUCCCACAAGGCUGACAGGCCAGUUAGCUCCCAGAUUUACACUUUGAAUCUUAUCAUCCGUUUCAACAUCAUCUUGCUCAUACUAAGUGUAUUUGGCCAGCUAUACAGCAGAUAUAUCCAGCAUCCAACACCAUCCUCGGUUAAAAUAAUCCGAUAUGCUGAGAGCUAAGGGGUAGGUUUGGUUGUUACAAAGGAGUACUUGCAAUUAAUGGUGUACAUGCACGCACAUAUUAAUACAUUGUUUCAUGAGGGUGCUUCUGCAAAGGAAACCCCCUCCCUGGAGCCACACGUGAGCAUUUUCUUUUUUUUUUUGCAAAAACGACCACUGAACAGGAAAUAUUACAGACAGUGGCUUUAUUGAAGAAUCCCAUAUCCUGAGAGCCUCCCAGAUGUAAUAAUAAUAACAAUAAUAAUAUAUUUUAUUUUAAGUGCUUUUCAAGACACCCAAAGUCACUUUACAUAAUCAGCAAUAAUCAUCAAGAUAAAAAAGCAAUAAAAUCCCACAUUACAAUCAGCAAAAAUAUAAAAGUACACUAAACAUGAUGACAGACUAACCUGGCGAGUAACGAUAGAACAUGUAUUCUCUCCUAAUCUGUAGAAAUCACCGUUUUCUGGAACACAUGAAUGGAAGUAGCAUCCAGCAGGGUGCAUCAUUCUGGCCGCGGUCACGUGGGAAAGAGGUUAACACAGAGAAAGCUAAGUAUUGUAUUGAUGUUUUUUUAUGUAGCUAAAAAAGGAACAUUCUCUUUUUAAGAUUUAUUUUUACAUCUAUUAAAAUGUUUGAUGCAUAAUGUGAGGGAGAGUGCUCUGGCAACUGCAUCGUACCUCAAUAGUUCAUCUCCAUGCAAUGCUCAUGGCCAUUCGUGUUGUCGUUCCCAGCACCAUAGUUGCUGUUAUCGGGUUGCCCCUGGCCCCAGUUCUGGUACCUAAACCUGGACCCGUCGCUCCACAGCCAAAGACCCUCCUAAAGAGCAUCCAGGCAGAUGUGUAACCAGCAGACACUAAACACUACUGUUCUUUAAAGGAAAGUGUAAUCUCUUCGCCAGUGUUUUGGUAAACCGCUGAGGGAUGGGACUGGAGAAAUGUAACCACUCUCAAAUUCAUAGACAGACCUAAUCAUACAUGAUAUGAAAAUUAUUUAACCAUGUUUUAAAGCUACACAGUGUAUGUUUACAGUUACAUUGUUUACAAACAAUGGAAUAAAACAAGCUUUAUAUUUCGGGUGAGACAAUACUAGGCAUUUAUAAGUUAUGUCCUCAAAGGAUCAACACAUGCUACUGUAUAUGUUAAACAGAGUGCUUCUGACCUUGAUGGCAUCGUUGGCUACAAUCCAGAUGCGCUGGAUUUAACCUUUAUUUUGACAGUUAAGUCAUACUGAGACUAGGGUCUCUUUUACAGAUGAGCCCUGUAUAAAUACAAUCAAACACAUACAACAUACAAAAUUACAUAGCAUAUUAUCAACAUAGAUGUCUCCGAUCAUUACUCUGAACUGACCAAGGGGGACCAGAACAUCUCAUUUCAGAGAGCUCUGUAAGUUGUUCCACAUAAAGGGCGCAAAAUAACUAAAAACAGCUUUACCCAACUCUGUGGAGACCAAAGUGGCCUCCAGUGUUAUCGAAGCCUGAGAACCGGUUUGGUAAUUUGUAAAUCUAAAUUGAAUGAAUUAUGAUAGAUUCUGCAUGAGUUUCUGAAUUUGCAGAAAAAGAGAAGGAAUAGCACAUCAAGUUUUAGUUUAGCAACACUGUUAAACAUACUAAUCCUAUGACGUUUACAAUGAGUAAGUCUGGCCCUAAAUAUGGACAUUUAUUUACAGCAAUUUACAAGUACCUCUGCCUCUGGCCAUUUGGCCAAGAUGGGGACGUAGUGAUAGCAGUGUGUCCAAUAACUGUGCCAACCAGGUGGGCAUGAUGAACUCCUGGUUUGUAGUCCCCGCUUCUCCUUCGCCCCCAUCUCCUCAGACUCUGUAGGGGGGAGAGAUUACAUUCAAUAUUAUGAUGAAAUGAUUAGUCCCGACCACACAAUCUGAGUGGUCAAAAGUGCGUUUGAGCCGUGAUGUUAUUGAGCACAACACCACGGCUGUCUGUGCUAUCCGUAUAUUAUCAGUCCGUUAACAUUAGCAAACCAAUGCAAUAUUAUAGUUUUCUGCAGGUUUCAAAAAGCCUGUUGGUAUGGGAUUGAGGACGGCAUUUUACUGAUUUGGCAGGUUAAGUAUCAGGUUCUCCAUAAUGUGUUUCUCUGCAUCAUUCAGAUCACCUACAACAAAGACAGACAAAGACAGAGGAAAGAUUAAGACUUGUGCUCUUUAAAGUGUAGAAUGAUACAGUAUCAUCAAACUGCAUAUGAUGAGUGUGAACAGGUAAUCAUACCAUUGACAAGAAUAACUCUGCUACCUACACAUCAAUAAACAACUCUGUUAUCUACACUCUAUAACUAAAAGUAGUUUUAAAAAAUCUGGUGGAAUCGACGAGGUACAGUGGCUUGCGAAAGUAUUCACCCCCCUUGGCAUUUUUCCUAUUUUGUUGCCUUACAACCUGGAAGUAAAAUUUAUUUUUGGGGGGUUUGUAUCAUUUGAUUUACACAACAUGCCUACCACUUUGAAGAUGCAAAAUAUUUUUUAUUGUGAAACAAACAAGAAAUAAGACAAAAAACACAGAACCCCCCCCCCCCCCCCCCUUUUGAGCAGAGCCACCUUUUGCAGCAAUUACAGCUGCAAGUCUCUUGGGGUAUGUCUCUAUAAGCUUGGCACAUCUAGCCACUGGGAUUUAUGCCCAUUCUUCAAGGCAAAACUGCUCCAGCUCCUUCAUGUUGGAUAGGUUCCGCUGGUGUACAGCAAUCUUUAAGUCAUACCACUGAUUCUCAAUUGGAUUGAGGUCUGGGCUUUUACUAGGCCAUUCCAAGACAUUUAAAUGUUUCCCCUUAAACCACUCAAUUGUUGCUUUAGCAGUAUGCUUAGGGUCAUUGUCCUGCUGGAAGGUGAACCUCCGUCCCAGUCUCAAAUCUCUGGAAGAAUGAAAGAGGUUUCCCUCAAGAAUUUCCCUGUAUUUAGCUCCAUCCAUCAUUCCUUCAAUUCUGACCAGUUUCCCAGUCCCUGCCGAUGAAAAACAUCCCCACAGCAUGAUGCUGCCACCACCACGCUUCACUGUGGGGAUGGUGUUCUCGGGGUGAUGAGAGGUGUUGGGUUUGCGCCAGACAUUUUCCUUGAUGGCCAAAUAGCUCAAUUUUAGUCUCAUCUUACCAGAGUACCGUCUUCCAUAUGUUUGGGGAGUCUCGCACAUGCCUUUUGGUAUGUGGGAGACUGUUUGCUUAUUUGCUUAUUUUGCUUUUUUCUGGCCACUCUUCCGUAAAGCCCAGCUCUGUGGAGUGUACGGCUUAAAGUGGUCCUAUGGACAGAUACUCCAAUCUCCGCUGUGGAGCUUUCCAGCUCCUUCAGGUUUAUCUUUGGUCUCUUUGUUGCCUCUCUGAUUAAUGCCCUCCUUGCCUGGUCCGUGAGUUUUGGUGGGCGGCCCUCUCUUGGCAGGUUUGUUGUGAUGCCGUAUUCGUUCAAUUCCGUGGGAUGUUCAAAGUUUCUGAUUUUAAAAAAUUAUAACCCAACCCUGAUCUGUACUUCAUUUCAUUUCAUUUCAGUCAUUUAGCAGACGCUCUUAUCCAGAGCGACUUACAGAAGCAAUUAGGGUUAAGUGCCUCGCUCAAGGGCACAUCGACAGAUUUUUCACCUAGUCGGCUCGGGGAUUAGAACCAGCGACCUUUCGGUUACUGGCACAACGCUCUUAACCACUAAGCUACCUGCCGCCCUACCUGCCGCCUACUUCUCCACAACUUUGUCCCUGACCUGUUUGGAGAGCUCCUUGGUCUUCAUGGUGCCGCUUGCUUGGUGGUGCCCCUUGCUCAGUGGUGUUGCAGACUCUGGGGCUUUUCAGAACAGGUGUGUCUAUAUACUGAGAUCAUGUGGCACUUAGAUUGCACACAGGUGGACUUUAUUUAACUAAUUAUGUGACUUCUGAAGGUAAUUGGUUGCACCAGAUCUUAUUUAGGGGCUUCAUAGCAAAGGGGGUGGUGAAUACAUAUGCACGCAUCACUUUUCCGUUAUUAAUUUUUUAGAAUUUUUUGAAACAAGAUAUUUUUUUCAUUUCACUUUACCAAUUGUGACUAUUUUUUGUAUGUCCAUUACAUAAAAUCCAAAUAAAAACCAUUUAAAUUGCAGGUUGUAAUGCAACAAAAUAGGAAAAACGCCAAGGGGGAUGAAUACUUUUGCAAGGCACUGUAGUGUUCUCCUGGCAUCCGCCAAACCCAGAUUCGUCCGUCGGACUGCCAGAUGGUGAAGUGUGAUUCAUCACUCCAGAGAACACGUUUCCACUGCUCCAGAGUCCAAUGGCAGCGAGCUUUACACCACUCCAGCCAACGCUUGGCAUUGCGCAUGGUGAUCUUAGGUUUGUGUGCGGCUGCUCGGUCAUUUCAUGAAGCUCCCGACAAACAGUUAUUGUGCUGACGUUGCUUCCAGAGGCAGUUUGGAAUUCGGUAGUGAGUGUUGCAACCGAGGACAGACGAUUUUGACGCACUAGGUGCUUCAGCACUCGGCGGCCCCGUUCUGUGAGCUUGUGUGGCCUACCACUUUGCGGCUGAGCCGUUGGUGCUCCUAGACGUUUCCACUUCACAAUAACAGCACUUACAGUUGACCGGGGCAGCUCUAGCAGGGCAGAAAUUUGACGAACUGACUUGUUGGAGAGGUGGCAUCCUAUUACGGUGCCACGUUGAAAGUCACUGAGCUCUUCAGUAAGGCCAUUCUACUGAAAAUGUUUGUCUAUGGAGAUUGCAUGGCUGUGUGCUUGAUUUUAGCAACGGGUGUGGCUGAAAUAACCGAAUCCACCAGUUUGAAGGGUGUCCACAUACUGUUGUGUAUAUAUGGUGUAUGUAUUCUUAAAAGUAUUUUGUACUUGUCUAAUGACUUUGUAUUUUACAGGUGUUUCUCAGCAGUUUCUCAUUUGUCACAGUGUUUGUAUCAGGAGUUACCAAAAUUGCUAUUGAGGAGCCACAGAGUUCUGCAGGCUUUUUUGUUCAAGUCCAUUGCUACCACACCUGAUUCCAGUACUCAGCUGUUCAUCAAGACCUCAACUGUUCAUCAAGACCUUGAAUAGUAGAAUCAGGUGUGGUAGAACUGGGCUUGAACAAAAAAAGCCAUCAUAAACCUGUAGCUCUUCAAGAGCAAUUGUGGCCAUCCCUGAAUUGUAUAUACUAAUUGUACUAUAUCUGAUGAAUGUACAGUACCAGUCAAAAGUUUGGACACACCUACUCAUUCAAGGGUUUUUAUUUAUUUUUACUAUUUUCUACAUUGUAGAAUAAUAAUGAAGACAUCAAAACUAUGAAAUAACACACAUGGAAUCAUGUAGUAACCAAAAAAGUGUUAAACAAAUCAAAAUAUAGUUUAUAUUUGAGAUUCUUCAAAGCAGCCACACUUUGCCUUGAUGAGUACUAGGCCUUUCUUCAGUAAACUGUAAAGCACAUUUUCAUAUCAUUAGUUAAUGGUUGCAAAUUAACUAUUUUAAGGUACUUUAAGCUAGGCUGUUUGAGAAUGUUUGAAUCCUAAGCAACCUGCCUACACAUUGUUGGAAGUACAACAGACCAACAUAGCUACUGUAGUAGGUCAAAGCUGUGUGCUGGAAAACCUUGGUAGAGCAUGGGUGAAGUAUGCAUUGUGGUGCUCAUGUGAAUUUCCUUCCUUUUUCGACUUCAGACCAAUGCCUACUUCUCACUUAAAACAUUGUUUUUUGUUUUUAAUAUCAUUACAUUGACCGAUUGAAUGUAUUCAAAGAGGCAAGGGGUGUCUCUUUAUUAAGUACACUUAUUCAUGUAUUCAUCAUUCAUACAUCUAGUGGAGGUUGAAAGGCAGAGCAGCAGGUAAGAGGCAAGGGGCUACGUUGAAAUAUUCAAUGGGUACAAUGUUUUCAAACACAUUAAUUUAUCAGGACCACAUUAAAUCCAGUGUCAGGUGUAAAUGGACCAUCUUUAGAGCUUUUUGAGAAUCACAACGAAACAAAAGGCAGGUCCUGUCACGUUCGCUCAUAGACGGGUCAGACCAAGGCGCAGUGUGAUAUGCAUACAUGUUUAUUUUAAACUUAAUAAAAAACGACAAAACAAUAAACCAACGAAACGUGACCUCCAAAGGUAACACACAACAAACCUCACACGGAACAAGAUCCCACAACCCACUAGUGCCAAUAGGCUGCCUAAGUAUGGAACCCAAUCAGAGACAACGAGCGACAGCUGCCUCUGAUUGGGAACCACACCGGCCAACAUAGAUCUAGGCCUACUAGAUCCUAAAACAUAGAACAAGCACAACAAGGAAUAUACACACCCUGACUCAACAUAUAAGCCUCCACUGAGUCAGGGCGUGACAGUACCCCCCCCCCAAAGGUGCGGACUCCGACCGCACAACAUAAACAUAACAGGGUAGGGGCCGGGUGGGCAUUCCGCCUCGGAGGCGGAUCCGGCUCAGGGCGUGACGACCUCUCACUCUUCGCCUCCCUGUUGCGCCCCUGGUCUGGUCUAGACCUCGGCGCGUUGCUUCCCCUCUCCUUCCUCCCACGAUACGCCAGGCCCAGUCUGGACCCUGGUGUGGGAGACCCCGAACCUGGAGAGGGGCUGACGUCAUGGACUGGAGCCGCUGACCGGAGCUGGACUAGGCACCGGUGGAGCGGACUGCUCUGGCUCCGGAGUGGAGCCGCUGACCGGAGCUGGAUCAGGCACCGGUGGAGCGGACUGCUCUGGCUCCGGAAUGGAGCAGCUGACCGGUGCCGGACCAGGCACCGGUGGAACGGGCACGGGCCGUGCCGGACUGGACAAACGCACCACUGGCCUGGUGCGAGGAGCAGGCACGGGCCGGACCGGACUGGCGACGCGCACCACUGGCUUGGUGCGAGGAGCAGGAACGGGCCGGGCCGGGCCGGGCUGGCGACGCGCACCACUGGCUUGGUGCGAGGAGCAGGAACGGGCCGGGCCGGGCUGGCGACGCGCACCACUGGCUUGGUGCGAGGAGCAGGAACGGGCCGGGCCGGGCUGGCGACGCGCACCACUGGCUUGGUGCGAGGAGCAGGAACGGGCCGGGCCAGGCUGGCGACGCGCACCACUGGCUUGGUGCGAGGAGCAGGACUGGGUUCCUUUAUUAACCCCCGCUCCUUCUGCUGCCUUAUCAGCUCCUCUCGCCGUGCCUCUACACUUUCCUUCUCCCUUUUAGCCUCCUGUAGCGCCUCCCUCUGACCGAAUAACUCCUGCUCCCUCUGAACCAAUAGCCCCCGUAACUUGGUGGCCUCCUCUCCUAACCUGCAGAUUCGCCCUUCCACAGCCUCCUGCUGCCUCGUCAUCCACCCCGUCUGCCCCCCAAAAAAAUGUUCUUGGGGUUGCCUCUCGGGUCUCCGUCGUCGGCACGGUUGGCGCCGUUUCUCCUCUCCUACCUGGGCAUCAACCUUCAUCGCCUCCCGAUAACGGACGGCCUCCUCCUCAGUAAUUCUCCCCCAACCGAGGAGGAUAUCUACUAAAGUUACCUCCCGUUGAAUCCCCGGCAUUUGCUCCUUCUGGGCACGCUGCUUGGUCCUUGUUUGGUGGGAUCUUCUGUCACGUUCGUUCAUAGACGGAUCAGACCAAGGCGCAGCGUGAUAUGCAUACAUGUUUAUUUUAAACUUAAUAAACAACGACAAAACAAUAAACCAACUAAACGUGACGUCCAAAGGUAACACACAACAAACCUCACACGGAACAAGAUCCCACAACCCACUAGUGCCAAUAGGCUGCCUAAGUAUGGAACCCAAUCAGAGACAACGAGCGACAGCUGCCUCUGAUUGGGAACCACACCGGCCAACAUAGAUCUAGGCCUACUAGAUCCUAUAACAUAGAACAAGCACAACAAGGAAUAUACACACCCUGACUCAACAUAUAAGCCUCCCCUGAGUCAGGGUGUGACAGGUCCAUGUGAACCACAUACAGAGAUUGCCUGUUGGUAUAUUUUCUUUAUCGAUUUUUAAAAUAUGUUUACCACACACUGACAGAUUGAAGUUGUGACAUCAGGGACCGACUGUAUUACCCAGGGGUCUUUUGUAUUCCGAGCUCUCACCACUGUGAAAAGCCUUCUAUCGAUUGACAACAAACUAGCAGAGAGGAUUUAGUACUGAGGAGAAACACAGCACAAGCCAUUUCCCUGGAUUGUAUAUUCAAACAGUUCUUAUUUGUUUAGGGACGGAUUGAAAUUUACUGGGGGGAGGGGUGGUCCAAAAUAGGGGAAGGUUGUCAAACUUUUUUGUUUUGCUUUGGGGAGGGUUGUGUGAUUUUUUUUGGGGGGGGCACAGGGAAGGGUAGUGCGUUUUUUCCCUGGUUUACAUUUGCUCUUCUGCUCGUAUUUUCACUAUAAACAAUGGCUUGACUUACUUUUGAUAUUAACCUAAUCAAGUUUACAAAAGUUUGUGAAGGUUUGGUAUGGUGUGGCUAUUAUUAAGCUUUCGUUACUGCAGGCCUUUGAUAUGAAGGCAGUGCGCCCCAGCGCUCCAACCGACUCCGACAGUUGAACUUGAGAUGAGGAAGACUGUCUCAGGCCUACCAUCGUUACUCCUAUGAUCUAACUUCAUAAUGCUUAUGUUUAUUUAACCCUCCCGUUGUCCUAGGGUCAAAAUGACCGAGGAAAGACGAUGCUUACGCAUUACGUCUUUACUUUUGUAUAUAUAGUGCAUAAAGCCAAUAUAAAGGAAGAGAAGCUUAGGCCUAUCCCCAGAGAGAUAGAGAUAUGGUGGUGGCAUGCUACGACACCGACAUGCAUUUCUUUAUGCCAGGUGGCUACAGCGUCUGCUAUACAGAUAUAGACAUACAGAAUUAGUUGAUUUUCGAUCCAAUAUUUUUUUAACCCUCCCGUUGUCCUAGGGUCAAAAUGACCCGCCACUGUGUUGAACCAACUUUAUUUAAUUUUUAUAUUUUUUGGAUCAUUUGUGAGAAGGAGGCAGUGAUACUUUCUUUAAAGUCUCACUGCCUCCUUCUCACAAAUGAUCCCAAAAAUAUAAAAAUUAAAGAAAGUUGGUUCAACACAGUGGCGGGUCAUUUUGACCCUAGGACAACGGGAGGGUUAAAAAAAUAUUGGAUCGAAAAUCAACUAAUUCUGUAUGUCUAUAUCUGUAUAGCAGACGCUGUAGCCACCUGGCAUAAAGAAAUGCAUGUCGGUGUCGUAGCAUGCCACCACCAUAUGUCUAUCUCUCUGGGGAUAGGCCUAAGCUUCUCUUCCUUUAUAUUGGCUUUAUGCACUAUAUAUACAAAAGUAUGUGGCUUCGGCUAUUUCAGCCACACCCGUUGCUGACAGGUGUAUAAAAUCAAGCACACAGCCAUGCAAUCUCCAUAGACAAACAUUAGCAGUAUAAUGGCCUUACUGGAGAGCUCAGUGACUUUAAACAUUUCCAACAAGUCAGUUAGUCAAUUGCCCCGGUCAACUGUAAGUGCUGUUAUUGUGAAGUUGAAAUGUCUAGGAGCAACAAUGGCUCAGUCACGAAGGGGUAGGCCACACAAUCUCACAGAAUGGGACUGCCGAGUGCUGAAGCACGUAAUGCGUAAGCAUCGUCUUUCCUCGGUUGCAACACUCACUACCGAGUUGCAAACUGCCUCUGGAAGCAAAGUCAGCACAAGAACUGUUCGUCAGGAGCUUCAUUAAAUGGGGUUCAUGUCCGAUCAGCCGCAAGCCUAAGGUCACCAUGCGCAAUGCCAAGCGUCGGCUGGAGUGGUGUAAAGCUCGCUGCCAUUGGACUCUGGAGCAGUGGAAUUACGUUCUCUGGAGUGAUGAAUCACGCUUCACCAUCUGGGAGUACGACGGACGAAUCUGGGUUUGGCGGAUGCCAGGAGAACGCUAUCUGCCCCAAUGCAUAGUGCCAACUGUAACGUUUGGUGGAGGCACAUCAUGGUUCACCAGCAGCACCAAACAUCUAAAGAACAAGCUAUGAGCCAAACAAGCAUGUGUCACGUCUCCUCCCGUUGCUCCCCUCCGGCGCUCUGAUUCACCGGUCUACUGAGCCACCGGUCUGAGCACACCACCUCGGCAAACACAGGAAUGGAAACCCAACGCACCCUAAUCACCUCCAGCACACCUGCACCUUAUCAUCUCAUCACCACCACUAUUUAGCCCUCAACUGUUUGUUCAUUGUUGUGUGUGAUUGUUUAGCUUUGUGUCGUUUACUCUAUCUUUGUUAUUUCUCUUUCUCAUUGUUUAAGUAAACCUUUACCUUGUUAAUUCCUGCGUCUGCGUCCUGCCUCUUCGUAUACUCAGUACUCGUCACAGAAUUACACACCACUCACGAAAAUGGAUGCAGCAGGAGUUUCCCAGUGCCUGGACCAGCACCAGCAGCAGCUUGCCCAGUUGAAUGCCGCCAUGCAGGAAGUGCUCCAAACUCUGCAUAAUCUGCCCAACACUCCGGUUCCACCUCAGGAACCGGCGAGUGCACCCAAUCCACCUGUUCCCGUGCUAUCACCCACUUCUGAGGGAACCCUCGCCCUACCGGAGCACUAUGACGGUAAAACUACUAAAUGUAGCGGCUUCCUGCUACAGGUUUCACUUUAUCUGGCGUGUCAGCCUGGGGCAUAUUCAUCUGACCAAGCCAGGAUAGCGCUGGUGAUUUCGCUACUUAAAGGAAAGGCGCUGGAUUGGGCCACGGCUGUCUGGGAAGGAGGUGAGGCCGUGGCGCUUCCCUACUCCACCUUCCUCACUCGGUUCAGGGCGGUGUUUGAUCAUCCCACGGAGGGAAAGGACGGGGGUGAGUGUCUCCUCCAUCUACAACAGGGAGAGGGGCCCGCGUCCGAGUACGCUCUGAGCUUUUGCACAGUGGCGGCGUCUUCCGGCUGGAAUGAGCGUGCUCUGCGCACGGCCUUCAGGAGAGGCUUACGGGAGGACAUCAAGACGGAACUCGCAUGUCGGAACGACGAGAUGGACCUUGAUACCCUCAUCGCCACGUCCAUCCGUCUCGACGAUAUGUUGAGAGACAGACGGCGUUCCCAACACCUCCCGGAGCCUCGACGCUCACCCCAUCUGAGCUAUGGAAGCCGCCCUGCCUCCGAGUCCUCACCCAUGGAGGUGGGCAGCACCCCCUACACCGCCACGGACCACAGACCUCCUGGUGGCUCCCUAUCUAGGCGGUAUGACUCCCGUCGCCGCUCCGUGAGUGUUACGUCAUAUCCUAUCACAAAAACAUUGUUUUUAGUUCCCAUAACGGCGACUGGUUAUUCCUUCUCCUACAUUUCCACUGCAAUGAUAGAUUCCGGAUCAGCGGGGAACCUUAUAGAUAGGGAGCUGGUCUCUGAAUGGGGGUUGCCAACCAUGCCACUGCCAUCUCCGCUACACGUCACCUUGCUGGACAAUAAACCACUUGGAUCAGGCACCAUUACGCACGUCACUCUCCCCAUCACCAUCACCAUUCCCACACUACCGGAGCACCACGAGGAACUGUCAUUCUACAUCGUCACGUCGAAACCUGUUGGUGGAAAAUUUGUUGCAUAUAUUUUAUAUCAUUAUAAAUAUGGCAUAACAAUUUUGAAAAUCUGAUUUCCCCCUAACUGAUCAUUGUCUGCAACCAGCUGUGAUCAUAAUGUAAUGAAACAGGCAGGGAGAGUGAUCUUGUGUGUGGUGGUCGGUGAACCCUCAACUUUAUGGCCCGUAGCCCUGCGUGGCAUCGACUGUGCAACAAAAGCAUGCUGAAGUGGCAAAGUCGACAUCCACAUUUAUAAACACAGGGUCGCUACAGUUAUUGUUAUUUGUGGUCGUAAACAUUAUUUUGAGUUAAUUCUAUGAGAGGGGAGGGUGUUCAAUUUAUUUUACAGUAGAAGGGGAGGAUCAUUUGAAAAUAUGUUUUACUUUGGGGAGGGGGGUGCAUUUUGUUUAUGACACCUUGAGUUGGACCAGCCCCUCCCCCCCAGUAAAGUUAGCUCUGUCCCUUAUCAUGUCUAAGAAGACAUUUUUGGGUUGCACAUAACAUUAUCAACACAGCCCACCAUAGACAAACAUGUACAUUUGAUUAAAAUAUGAAUUAAAUGAAAAAAUGUAUGCGCUGUAGCCCUCUAUUGAAAUCCAAUGGAGUCAACUGUCAAGACAUCUCCUCAACAUGAAAUGACUAACAUUAGUUAAUAGCACAACCAAGAGUUAACCUCGAAUGACCGCAUAUGACCACAGUGUGUUUGUGUUUUAUCGAUUGCGGGAGUACAUGCAUCCGUCCUUACAUGUGUGCAUGUGUCUGUGUGCAAGGAUGCCUGCAUCUUUACCAGUGUGUGCAUGUGUAUGUGUGUGUGUGCAUGCGAUUUUGCGUGUGUGUGUGUGUGUGUGUGUGUGUGUGUGUGUGUGCCAGCAUCCCACUCAGCAUUAUAUAUGUGGCCCCUGUCACAUUAGCAUUACUGAUAAGUGUGCUGUGUGCAGCAUUACAGAGAAUUAAGUGGCUGACUAAUUUAAGAUGUCAGUGCUCGAAUUAAAACAACUCUCUCUCAGGCUGAUGGAGGAGCAAUGGAAAGCUGCUAAUUAAAUACAGAAAGGCCACUUUCUGGACAUUAGGAUUUCUUUAAGGUUGACAGCGUCAAAGCGGUUUGUUUUCAUUCCUGCAUGGAAUUAUUUGUAUUGAACCCCUUAUAAUAAUCCUAAUCGGUAACACUUAUUUGGUAAAUCCUUCUGUAGACACUCUACAGACUAUCAGCAACAUUUCAAAUAACUAUCUACCAACCCUAACCAUAGCCCUAACCUUAUCCUGACUCUAAACUUAACCCUUACCCUAACAAUAGCCCUAACCCUUAAACCUAACCCUAACCUUAGCAAGCAGUUGCUUAUCAACAGUAGUUUGUUGAUAGUAUGACCAUCUGUAAAGCAUCUACAGAUGGACUAUCUGGACUAUCCAAAUAAAGUAUGACCUCAUAAUCUGUUAGAUUUAAUGUUAAUAGCUAUGUUAAAUGCACCAAUGUGAAUGUUCAUUUACUGAUUUGCCAUUUGAAUUAAGAAUGUCAAAGAAAGUUUUCUUUAUAGGUGAGAUCCUGUUUUGGCUUAGCGAAUAUAUUAUGUAGGCUACAGACAACUAUCCCCAGUGCACCCAUUUCCCCUAGUCACACAGUGGUAGUUAAAUCUCCUUAUCUUAUUCCAGUGUGACCAGAGGGAGACCAUAGUCAGUAAGCUGUCCUUGUCACCAGCUUAUCAUCAGUUAAACAUGGAUUUAGAGGCCCCUAGUGUAUGCUUCAGCCACACAUCCUCAGCCACUGUGCAGAAUACUGAACCCCGUGUUUGACUUUCAAUAUGGCCACCGUUAGAGUAUAGGCUGUGCAUGGUAUGUGAGUCUGGUGGUUUAAAACGUAUGACCCAGAAAGAGGUCCAACCAGUGUGGGCUAUUACUCUGUCCAACACCAUCCAUACCACACCAUUCAUUACCAUCAAUAACAGUAAUAAUGUUUGUACUGCACCUGGAAUUGCUUUUGCUUUUUAUAUUCCAGUAGGAUUGUGUUGUGAAAUAAGACUGUGUGUGUGUGUGUGUGUGUGCGUGCGUACGGACAUACAUGUGUGCCUGCAAGCGUGCAUGUGUGUGCAUGCGUGUGUGUAAGUGUUUCAACCACGUUUGAAGACCGAAGAGAUCCCCCCCAGCAGCCCGGCCUCUGGUGAGUGUGGUCACCGACCAUGUUCCAGUGAUAUUAGUGAAUUGAUUUAUAUGUUGAGAAACACUGUGCACUCCCCCUAAUAGAGCUUUAUGACAGGAUGAUGGAGAGCUCCUCUGAAUAGACUGCAUUGCUGCAUUUCUCCACCGUUAAAAGCAGCUGAAUUUAUUGUCACUCUAAUGUGAUGAAUUAAGCGCUCAGGCAAAUUUUGCUUGUGACCUUUUUCAUUCUUAUCAACAAAGCAGGCGGCCAAGCCAAACAUGUAUAUCCACACUGAUCCCUCAGAACAGGUGUGUUUGGUUCGAUACAAGAGGCAAAUCAACAUCGGGCUUGGGUCACAGUUCCACAUUUCACCUUUUGAGAAAGCCAUACCGAAAGCAAUCAAUGAAGCUAUGGGACACUGUAGCCUGCCAAACAACAUUCUGGUGAUUUUUAAGCCAAUUAAGGAAUCAAAAUCAGCCCAGUCUAUUUGCAUAUGGACCACAUGUACAAUACCGCUGAUUGGCUGGGAGAUAAUUGGACUCCCUCAGCCAGAUGACAACAGACUGAUUGACCUGCGUUGACAUUCUCGACAAUGUCGGACUAAGUCCUCCACCCGCUUAGAGAAAUCACAGCCAAUCAGCCAGAGAUAUGCACAGGCACAUCUGGAGGAUCUUGAGCGUUGAGACUGUAAGGGAGGGGUUCAGCUGCCCUAAUAGGCCACCCCGUCUUGUAGAAGCCCAGACAUGGCUAAUUUCGAGAACUAAAUUGCUUUCACUUAAAAAGGCCAGACAGUGUUACGAACCAAACCCCUCGCAGUUUGAGGUAAAUUAAUUUAGUCAAUCCCAAAAAAUUUAAUGGAAUGAUUACAUCGUUUGCGGCAAAACUUUUUGGGCCACCAUCGCUCCCCUACUGUCUGACCUUUUCCUGCUUUAAACCAAACCCUUGUUUGUCAAUCUUGUUCUGGCUCUCCCCUUGUAGCUCUUGUGGGUACAACGGUACAACGGUACAACAGGAAAUAAAAUCCUGUAGUCACACACUCCCUCUCUUAGAGCUUUUCUGAGUGAAGGGGCCUCUUGCCACUCAGGGUCUUUGGAGCUGAUUUCUUAUUUCUUGCAUUAGUGGCUCAGGCUGAGCUGAAAGAAGAGGAGGAGGAAAGGAGAGGAGAGGAGCAGAGGAGGGGAGGACAGGGGCCCUCCAGGACUAGCAGU